UUAUCUUUUACAUCGUCAUCUGAUUCACAAUAAUAUGUGUUAUAUGCCUCUAUGUAAAUUAAUAGUAAUAAGAAAGAUUUUCAUUAGAUAUGUAAAAUGGUCCGUAAUAUAUGGAACAAGUUUGAAAGAGUUUACAAUUGUUACUUGAUUUAUUUUUAAGCUACUUGCCAAAACGAAACGGAAAAUAAAAAUUGUAAUUUUGAUGUUGUUAUUAAGUUAUUAAUCAUUAUAAACUCUUUACAACUGUGAUCCUCAGAUAUUUAUCUCGACUAAAUUAAACACAUUUACUUGUCGAAAUUCCUUAACCCUUUGUUAAAACAAAUUAUAAUUACAUAUGAAAUAUGCAUAUAAUUUUUUUUUGGGGGGGAGGGUCAUUUUUCAUACUAAUAAUUUGGAACGGGCAAAUCUCAAAAAAUUCUCAGCCAUACACUGCUAUGCCAAAAAUAUCUCCGAAUUUUUUUACAAUUUUUAUUUACCAUUAAAUAAGAAAAAUGGGACAAAAACUAAUAAUUCGAAUUUACCCUCUAUAACUACCCUUGUGGUUGAGAUGGAGGACUGAGAAAAAUCGGUUUAAGGGCACUUUAGACCCCUUUAUCUUGCUAUACCCUUUAUACAUGUGUAUUUCUUUUCAAUGUAAAUUGUGGACUUGAAUCGCACGAUUUCAAUUUACACAGCAUUUUUUGGGGAACCAAUCUAUCGUGUAAAUCGAGAGUUAGCUGUACUUUUAUUUCUGCUGUGUUUGUGAUUUUCAUUCGCAUUCGUUAAGAAUGUCGUGUGUUUUCCGUAUUCUUCAAUAAGAUUCGACACGCUAUCUAGUUACAAUAAAAGCGGUCUAGGUUGAUUUGUUGGCAGAAGAGUAUUUACAUAGUAUGUACAUACGUAUGUGUGAUAAAGAAAGAGCCUGUGUUGUGACUCAAGGGCAGGAAGUUAAUAGACAUUGGUCAAGACAUAGACAAAACGCUGUAAAUUAACCGGGUAUGCGGUAGCACUGUAAACUAUUCUUCCUGCCUCACAUUGUUAGAAUUCUUCCUUCAUAUUACAAAGUACAGCCACCAGAAAAUUUCAGUUCAUGAAUAUUAUUUUUGCAAAUGAAAAAAUUGCUGGCGAAAAAUUCUCUAUAUUGGGUCACUAUGUAGUAAAUACAUCCAUAAAUCGCGCGAAUUAUACUGCCCUUACUGAACGGUAUGGAAACUAAAAUUUCAAAAUCAGUUUAUAAAUAAAAAAGAAUUAUGGUCGAAUUUAGAAGUCUGUUCAAAUUAGGAAACUUUCCCCUACUAUCCAAUAGUGGUUAUUAAAUCAUGAUGUCACCAAAGAAAUGGUCUAAAAACACAUUUGGUUGGGCCAGAGCCGAAGUUUUAGGUGCUUUGGUAAAUGCUGUCUUUUUAGUCGCAUUGUGUUUUAGCAUUACGGUCGAAGCAUGUAAGAGAUUUAUUGAAGUAGAAGAAAUACAUGAAGCUAAAUUACUUGUAGCUGUCGGAGCACUUGGGUUACUAGUGAAUGUAAUUGGGCUGUGUUUGUUUCAUGAACAUGGCAACGCUCAUACACAUUCACACGGUAUAUCUCGAAGCCAGAACAGGCUUAGCUCGUUCGUCGGAACCGACGACAACGAAAACGAUGAAGCUUACAGACCUUCGACACCUCAGGUGAAAAGGACACACGGCCACUCGCAUGACGCCAGUCAAAUGAAUAUGCGUGGCGUGUUUCUUCAUGUACUUUCCGAUGCCUUAGGAUCUGUUAUUGUAAUCGUCUCCGCGUUAAUUGUUUGGUUGACAAAAUGGGAGUACAGAUUUUACAUUGAUCCAGCUCUUUCACUUUUGUUAGUUAUUCUCAUUCUGCGGUCAGUGUGGCCAUUGUUGCAAGAAUCUGCCUUGAUUCUUUUGCAAACUGUACCAACACAUAUUCAGGUUGAUGCUAUUCAACAACGCUUACUCGAAAAUGUCGACGGUGUUUUGGCUGUGCACGAGUUUCAUGUGUGGCAGUUAGCUGGUGACCGUAUCAUCGCUUCCGCGCACAUUAGGUGCAGAAAUUUAUCAGAGUAUAUGAAAAUUGCGGAACAAGUUAAAGAAUUUUUUCACAACGAAGGCAUACAUUCUACGACGAUACAGCCAGAAUUUAUUGAUUACCAAUCUAAUAGUGAAAUUAAGGAAACACCAACAGAAGAUUGUGUACUAGACUGUCCAAAAACCGACAAGCCUUGCAAUCAUGCGACCUGUUGUGGUCCCUCUAAACAGGGCCGUGAAACUCCUUCGCCCGGAGAAACACCGUAUAUGUGCAGACAACGGAAUAGUCUUGCACGCUCGACUGGCUCUAUGAGAGGAACCGAACAACAAGAGGUAAACGAAAUGGAACGCGGACAUUUACUAUCGCUGCCUGUCUCGCAUAAUUCCGUCCAACUUCCACAUUCUCAAGUUAAUACAUCAGUUGUCUAAAUUAUCAUUCGUAUUAUCCAUACCUACCUCUAUAACAAAAAAAUCUGCGGCGCGUUACAAUGUUAUUAUAAAAAAAUUCAAUAAACUGAUAUACAUUAUAUAUUGUUACGGCUGGGUGUGGACGUUCUUGACACUUUUAUUUAUUUACACUAAUUUGUUCUAUUAUGUAAACUUUAUAUAUACAAUUAUUUACAAAGUUAUUUUAUUAUUUCGCUGUGACGACACAUACCCGAUCUCGACAGCUGUCUGAGGAUGUCUCUUUCUCUUUUGACUGUGUUGUAAUGAAAUAUGUUUUAAGGGGAGAUUCUCAUGUAACAGCAGUAAAAUUAAAUGACUGUUUAAUAUAUGUUCUUCGCUUUUUCAUUUUUUAAAUUAUUAAUUAUUUUGAAAUUAUUAUUUUGCAGAUAGAAAAAUAUUAUUUUAAAUUGCAGUACAUUUAUUUAUUUACCUUCUUUCAGUAUCGUAUAAAGUUUGUGUACAAUUGUUUGUGUCUUCGUCAAUGAUGUUAACCGUUAUUGGCCGUCAGUGUCAUUCUUUUUACAACCAUUAGAAUCUAAAAGAUAAAGAAGUUUCUUAAGGUCAAUUUCUGUGGGGACUAUAGCUAUUCCAUCAAAAAUAAAUUUUUCUUGCUAAAUAAGUUGAGUUUAUAUUAAGUUAAUUAUUAGAUGAAUAUUAUAAAUGAAAAAUAAAGUAACGAUCACAGGCAUAAUCUCUGCAGAAAUGUAUAACGAAUAAAAUUAAUUUUCUUUGAAAUUGAUGAUUUAAUUUGUUGUUAAGUUAUUGUGCAUAUCAAUUUAAAAAACAUAGUUUUGAGAAAAACGUGUAUAAAGUUUCAAAAUACUUGCCAUUAAAAUUUAUAAUUUCGAUAACUAAAUUCAAUUUAUGUUUCGGCAGGUUUCUCUUUUUUCUAAUAUUUCUGAAUCAAGUACCCAUUUGUCUCAAUAUAUUCAACAUAUUCAUUUUCCUUAAUUUUAAUAUUUUCACCAUAUUCUGUGACACGCACGACUAAAUAAACUUCUACUUUAUUAUUUUCUCGAAUACUAUUUCAAAAUUUUAAGAGCAUGUUUUUAAAAUAUUGCACUACUGACACACG